UUUAUGUGUAUUGAUACACGAAGAUAGUUGUCAAGAUUUUAUUCUUCCUUAGCUCUAAUAUUUAUAUUAUCCUUUGUUAAGGGUUUAAUCAUCUAUUGUAGCUCAUGGUUAAGGGAAUUUCAAUCAAUAUUAAUAGGAAAAUUUGUAAGAAACUACCCGUUAAAAACUCUUUUUUGUCAAAAACCACCCGAAAAAAAAUUUGUUGCCAAGGACCACCUGUUAUAAAAAAAAAAGUUGUCAAACACCACUAUGGGCUGAAUUCCGGCAUUGACUGGCCAAUUCCGGCGUUGAAGGCACGUGACUUUUAAUGAACCCUCCCUUUCCAAUUUUUUAUUUUUUAUUUAUUUUUUAUUUUUAUUUUCCUUUCGAAAUUUUCAGUCUUCCCUCUAUAGUCUCUCUCCUCUUCCUUCUCUCUCCCCUCUCUGUUCUUUCACUCUCAUCCAUCUGUAAAAGCUCCAUUGUUAGUGACGAAAAGGUUUGUAAUUAGUAUCAACAACCUUAGAUAAUUCCGAAACCUACAGUGUCAUUGCCGUGGUUGUCUUUUGUUUUUUUCCCCCCAAUUUGACUAAUUUAGGGUUUACUAAUUGAUUGGAACUGGGCAAAUUUCAGGUUAAAUGUCGCAAUCUCCAGCAAACAAAGUGCGGGUUGAUUUCUGGGAAUUAGCGUAAGGAUAGGGUAGUGGGUCUAAGAUUUCAAGGUAGGGCGAGGUGUUUGUGGUGGUGGGUCUAGCGUUACGAGUGGUGGGGGUAGGUUUCCGAAGUGGUGAGGGUAAAUUUGAGGAAAAGGAGAAGAGCGGCUGUGGUGGAUUUUUGGUUGGUAGGUUUGGAUCUGAAGAAGAGGUGGAUUUAGGUGGUGGAGGUGGUCGAUUUUCAACUUUUUGGUGUGGUGGCUGCGUUUCGUGGCUGGGUAGGGGUUUUUUUCUGGGCAGUGUAAUUGGUUUCAGGUGAAGGGGGGGAAUUCGAUGGUUUUUGGGGUGGUUGUGGCGGUUGUGCAUACUGUGGGGGUUAAUGGCAGUGAUUGCGAAGGUGGUUUAGGGGGUCAUUAAAAGUCACGUGUAAGUCACGUGCCCCAAGUCAACGCCGGAGUUUAUGGUCAAUGUCGGAAUGUUGAGUCAGGUGGUCAUUGACAACAAAAUUUUAAAUUUGGGUGGUGUUGGGCAACAAAUUUUUAAGUGGGUGGUUUUUGACAAAAAAGUGUUUUUAGCGGGUGGUUUUCGACAAAAUUUCCAUAUUAAUAUAAUGAUUUAUGAUUAAAUUUACUAAAAAAUCUACUACCCCAAUUCUAUUUGUGACGUUUGUGUAACAGAUUAUUGAAAUAAUAUUGUACAACCGUGAAAUUAAAAGUGUUGGUAAUUUUAGUUAAACAAAUGAAAUAUAAUAAAAACACAUCAUCAUAAAUAUUAUUGAUCAAAAGGCACUUAAAACAACAUUUCCUCAAAAAAAAAAAAAAAAACUUUUAAGAAAUAUCGUAGACAUUAUUUUAGAAAGAACGAUUGUUGACCGUUGACGUUUCUCUUCAAUGUAUUAAUACACAUUUAUAAAUUACAUUUCACAUGGGCUGCAAUCGUACUACACAAAACAAAGUUAAAUAAGAGAGGAAAUAAAAAAAGAUGAUGAUGAUAAAUCCGAGUGAUACAUUUAUGCAAUUUGGUUCAAUUUUAGCAACAAUAGUAUUUCUGAAAGCAUUGUACGAGCAAUACUUGCCAUACAAAUGGCGCGAUUCGAUCAACUCGUUUCUGUAUCGUUAUACAGAGAGGUUUGUUAAGGUAGUCAACCCUUACAACCACAUCAGCUUUGAUGAGUACGCAGGUGGACGUUUCAAGCGUAGCGAGGCGUACACCACCAUUGAAACGUACCUAAGUGAAAGAACCUCUAAUAAAGCAAGGGGUUUGAAGGCCAAUUUUAUUAAAGAUAGUAAGUCGUUAGUGCUUGGAUUAGCUGAUAACGAGGAAGUUACGGAUGAGUAUCAAGGUGUUAAGGUUUGGUGGAAUGCUUGUAAGACUGUUACUAGAUCUCAAGGAAUUGCUCUCUAUCCUGGUUCCGAUGAGAAGAGGCAUUACAAGCUUACAUUCCACAGUCGCAACAGAGACCUCAUCACUGAAUCAUACUUGGGGCACGUCUUAGAUCAAGGCAAAGAAAUCGCGAUUAAGAAGAGACAAAGAAAGUUGUACACAAACUUAAACGAAUCACCUUCAUAUGGAAAAUCAAACUUAUGGACUCAUAUCGAGUUCAAUCACCCUGCUACAUUUGACACCCUUGCAAUGGAGGCAUCUAAAAAAGAACUUAUUGUAAACGACCUUCUCCGUUUUACUAAGGCAAAACAUUAUUACAAAAAAAUCGGAAAGCCAUGGAAACGCGGUUAUCUCCUGUAUGGACCGCCUGGCACGGGUAAAUCAACCAUGGUUGUGUCAAUGGCAAAUUUAUUAGAGUAUGAUAUUUACGACCUUGAGCUUACUGCUGUCAAGGACAAUACUCAGUUAAGGAGAUUACUAAUUGAGACGUCGAGUAAGUCUAUGAUUGUGAUCGAGGACAUUGAUUGCUCACUUGAUUUAACCGGGCAAAGAUCAACAGAAAAGAAGCAAGACAAGGAUGGUGAGGAUAAGGAAGGCGAAGAAGGGGCGGAUGCAAUCAAGAAGAAGGUGAAGGAACAAGGCGAAACCAAGAAAAGCGAGGUAACAUUAUCAGGGUUACUGAAUUUUAUUGAUGGGAUAUGGUCUGCUUGUGGAGAAGAAAGGGUGAUAAUCUUUACUGAAUUUUGUGCUGUAAAACAAUCAGUCAGAGUAAUGGUUGAGCGCGAACACUGGACUAAAUGAAGGGGCGCACCUGCCUGAGCUAUAGCCGGUAUUGAACUAAUAGAGGGCGAAACAGUUGUGCAUUGUGAGUUAACUUAUUCAUGAGUCCAAUUGAGCUUAAAUGCCACAAACUUAAAACAAAUAUUUUGUGUUACUCCUUUCA